AUGAUAUUAACAUACAUUAUUCUGUUGUGUGUACGAGACACUCAAUGUCUCUUUGAGGUUCGUGACUCCGUAGAUGUCAACUUGAGGCAUUUCCCCAAAGACUUUUCAAAAGCAGUUGUUGAUAUUGCAAUAGGUUUACCCACGAAUAGUAUAACCGUUGUUCGCGGGAACACGACUGAUGUUAGAGAUGCAGACAUAUUUGAAUUAUUCUGCAGCCUUGGUGAUAAUAAUAUUCAAGUGACAAACUUGGAUCUAAUGACGCCAGAAAAUAAAGAUAUAUAUUAUAAAUAUCUGAAGGAAGGGCUUGAUACUUCAGACGAAAGGACUAGUUUAAUUCUGUGCAAACCAAAAGAGUGUGAAAAUUUGCUUCUAGAGGUCACAAACAAUAACUUCAUCCAUCGUCCAAUCCUCUAUAUAUUCUUCUGGUCCGAAGGCGAGGUCCCCAAAAAUUUCACCUCCUCCAUCAAGGAAGCCGUCAGAGUUGCUGUAAUUACAAACCCGAGGAAAAGCGUGUUUCGUCUUUACUACAAUCAGGCAGAACCCAAUAAGCCCAGACACUUGAGGUUAGUAAAUUGGUGGGCUGGUCAACUCUAUAAGUCGCCAGCACUGCCGCCAGCCAAUAAAGUAUAUGAAAAUUUUCAAGGACGAAUAUUGAAUGUACCGGUAUUGCAUGCUCCGCCGUGGCACUUCGUUCGAUACAUGAACGAUUCAACAGUCAACGUGACUGGAGGGAGAGACCACAAACUGCUCUCAUUGUUGGCCAAGAAGUUAAACUUUAAGUAUAAAUACUACGAUCCACCCGAGCGGAGUCAAGGAUCCAGGAUAUCCGGUAAUGGCACAUUUAAAGGCACACUCGGACAAAUUUGGCAAAGGAAAGCAGACUUCUUUAUCGGUGACGUUACAAUGACUUGGGAGAGGAUACAAGCUGUGGAAUUUUCGUUUCUGACCCUAGCGGAUUCCGGGGCGUUCCUCACUCACGCUCCCGAUAAGUUGAGUGAAACCCUGGCUAUUAUAAGACCAUUUCGAUGGGAGGUAUGGCCGUUGGUAUUUGCCACAAUCCUGGUGACGGGUCCAGCGCUGUGGGUCGUAAUUGCAACGCCAUAUAUUUGGCAACGUCGUGAACGAGACCAGAUGGAACUGUUGAAUAAUUGCUGCUGGUUCACCACUUCAUUAUUCUUGAGACAAACAACUAGAAAAGAGCCUUCCACGUCAAACAAAGCUCGCCUGGUGUCCAUUCUAAUAUCUUUGGGUGCAACUUAUGUCAUUGGUGACAUGUACUCAGCUAAUCUCACCAGCUUAAUGGCUCGACCGUCCAAGGAACAAGCGAUUGGUACUCUUGUAGCACUAGAAGAAGCUAUGAGAAAUGAUGGCUACGAGCUCGUUGUGGAAAGUCACAGCUCUUCGUUAGCUAUUCUACAGAAUGGAACAGAUAUAUAUGGCCGUCUCGCUCGUCUUAUGAGACGACAACGCAUACAAAGAGUUAAAAGUGUGGAGGUUGGUGUUAACAUGGUGCUAUCAAAGAGAAGAAUCGCAAUCCUCGGUGGAAGGGAAACUCUGUUUUACGAUACCGAGAGAUUUGGUUCUCAUAAUUUUCAUAUGAGCGAAAAAUUAUAUACGAGGUACUCAGCUAUCGCUCUACAGAUUGGAUGUCCAUAUUUGGAAACAUUCAACAACGUGUUAAUGACACUAUUUGAAGCAGGUAUACUAACUAAAAUGACUUCGGACGAGUACAGGAACCUUCCAGAACAAUCACGAAGAUCAGAAAAAGUGACGGAGAGUGAGAGCAAAGAAAACAAUGACGUGACAGAGAACUCACCAACCGCUCAAAUUCAACCAGAAUCCACAAUCGGUUUGGAGCCUGUGUCCCUUACAAUGCUACGUGGCGCAUUUUGUCUCCUCGGCAUUGGAUACUUUAUUGCAGCUAUAGUUCUAGCAACAGAAAUAGAAAUACAUCGUAGAAAAAGAUCGAGAGCUGAAAGGAUCAUGGACACUUCACUUGUACCCAAAUCUCCGAGAAUGUAUCUAAGACACUAUUUAAUAAGAAUAUUCAGAACAAUGUACAACAUUGUUGACGGAGCGCUGCGGCCAGAAAUGAAAGAAUGA